AUGGCGGUACGGUCUAUCAUGUUCGUGGCGCUCGUUGCCUUACUUUUGGUUGGCCAUAUUGCUUCGCAGUUCGUACAACCACCCUCCGACCACCAGACAGCCACCGGCCAUCUCGACAUCCCGGUGCGGUACAAGGAAGUCCCAAGUGGCACUUGCGAGACGGAUCCCAACGUAAAGAGCUUCUCAGGCUACGUCGAUGUGGAAGAGGAUGAGCACAUCUUCUUUUGGUUCUUCGAAACCCGCAACGGUAGUCCAGAGGAAGCUCCUCUCACGGUAUGGAUCAAUGGCGGCCCUGGCUCGUCUUCCAUGAUCGGUCUAUUCCAAGAGCUUGGUCCCUGCUACAUCGAUUCGAACGGCAGGGUUGUCAAUAACCCUUAUGCUUGGAACAAUGCGAGCAACAUGAUCUUCAUCGACCAGCCGGCAACGACUGGAUUCUCUUACACCAAGCUCGUUCCCGGCUACGUGGACCCUUCGACAGACUCGAUCGUUGUACUUCCAAACGAGACCUGCCCUGAGUAUGCUCAAGGCUACGGGACAUGCGGAACCUAUUCGGCACCCAACGUCACUCUGACGGCGAACUCGACUGAGGUUGCAGCUAAGAACUUUUAUCGCACACUGCAGGGCUUCAUGGGAGCAUUUCCUCAGUACUCGCGCGAGGAUUUCCACUUUGCUACUGAAUCAUACGGUGGACACUACGCUCCUGUCUUCAACGAGUACAUUGAAGAGCAAAAUGGUCAUGGCGAGGCGAGAGCGCAAAAGAUCAAACUCAAGUCCAUCAUGAUCGGCAACGGUUGGUAUUCUCCUGACGUGCAGUAUGCUGCAUACUACAACUUCACCGUGUCGCCGGGUAACACGUACGACUACCGACCCUUCAACUCAUCGAUAGAAGAGAUGAUGUACAACAACAUGUUUGGGCCGGGCAACUGCUUAGAUCAGAUUCGAGAUUGUUACGCUACUGGCACCAACCAAGUUUGCAGCACUGCUGAUACAUUCUGCGCUUCCAAUGUAGAGUCGAUCCUUGAUAAGUACGCCAACAGAGACGAAUAUGACAUCCGAGAGCUCUCCCCGGAUCCGUUCCCCUACACUUACUAUGUCGAUUAUCUCAACACUCCUGCUGUUCAGAAGGCGAUCGGAGCCUUGCAGAACUUCAGCGAGAGCUCUCCCACUACGUCGAACGCGUUUGGCAACACUGGUGACGAUGGUCGAGAGUCAGGCACGAUCGAAGGUGUGCGCUCGCUACUGGAUCAAGGAGUGCAAGUGGUAAUGUACGCCGGUGAUGCUGACUACAACUGCAACUGGCUUGGUGGCCAAGUGAUUGCCGAGCAGGUAGGGCACAAAGGCUUUCAAGAGGCUGGCUAUAAGGAUCUGCAGACCUCGGAUGGAAUCGCGCAUGGUCAAGUCAAGCAGAGCGGCCAAUUCUCGUUUGUGCGCAUCUAUGAGAGUGGUCAUGAAGUCCCCUUCUACCAGCCUCUCGCUUCACUCGAAAUGUUCGAGAGGGUGCUGAACGGAACUGACCUAGCCACUGGCAAGGAGAAGAUCUCACCAGACAGCACGUACAAAACCACCGGUCCGGCCAAGAGCACUUACCGGCAAGGCAACACCACUAUGCAGUUUGAAGUGCUUCCCUCGAACGCCACCUAUGACCAUACCACAAAUGCGCCCAACACCAAUAGUACCAAGAUGCCAACGAGUAGCGCCUCGGUAGACAUAUCUCGCCAAGCCGUGCGUACCGGCGAAAUGCUCCGCUCACGCUACCGGUUCCAACGACCUCUCCUAUUCUGA